CUCUGCGAGUUCCGGGCGGCGGCCUGCCAGAUCCAACCGGGCACCGCGGAUCGGACCGCCCAAGGACGCGCUCCCGGAAGCCGCCCGCCUGCGGGUGGCGUGAAAAGCUAUGGCUACCGCUGUGAUGCUGUGGGCUACGCGGGCUCUGCGGCGGCCUGGGAGCUGGGUCCCCGGAACCUGUCAGACACAGAUCAGACACACCCACCAGAGAGCUUCGCUGUUGUCCUUCUGGGAGCUCAUACCUAUGAGAGCAGAACCCCUGCGAAAGAAGAAGAAGGUAGACCCCAGAAAGGACCAAGCAGCAAAGGACCGCUUGAAAAAGAGGAUCCGGAAACUGGAAAAAGCCACUCAAGAACUGAUUCCUAUUGAAGACUUUAUUACCCCUUUGAGGUUCUUGGAUAAAUCAAGACAGCGACCUCAGGAGGAGCAUUCUUCCGAGGAGAGUGAGCGCAGAGCUCUUCUGCUGAAGAGGUGGGCCCUGUACAAGCAGCAGGAACACGAGGUGGAGAGGGACGCCAUCAGAACCGCGCUGCAGGCCCAGCAGGAAGCCCUGGAGGAGCUGAAGCUCCAGUCUGCCGAGCUCCAUGCUGAGGCCGUGAAGCGGGACCCCAGCCUGUUCCCCUUUGAGAAAGAAGGGCCACAUCACACGCCACCUAUCUCUAACUACCAGGCCCCUGAAGGCAGGUACAAUGACAUCACCAAGGUGUACACACAAGUAGAAUUCAAAAGAUAGAACUGAAAACUGCUGUCCUCAGGACAUGCUGGCCGCAGGAAUCAGGAUGAGUGAGCUGAAGUCUGCUUUCCCCAGAUGAGACAUCCCUGUGACAAAUAAAGUGAAAUCAAAAGCAUCUCUGUCAUUUAUUUCAAUCA